GUCCCACGUUACUUCCCCAGCCGGGCAUGAACGGAGCAGGAGAGCCCGAUCCGGGCGGUGGGGGCUACAAGAGGCGUUAUAGAGCCUUGAAGAGGAGGCUCAAAUUCCUGAUUUAUGAACAGGAAUGUUUCCAAGAAGAGCUGAGAAAAGCACAAAGAAAACUCUUGAAAGUUUCACGGGAUAAAAGUUUCCUGCUUGAUCGCCUGCUCCAGUAUGAGAACGUGGAUGAAGAUUCCUCAGAUUCGGAAGCAACAGCCUCCUCAGAUAACAGUGAUGGAGAGAUGCAGAAAGGGACGGAGCCUCAAUCCCUCAAAAGAAAACAAAGCCCCCAGCUUGGCAGUGCCUCAUCACCAUCCUCCUCAGGUCUUUCUCUGCAGCCAACAUCUGGUUUUGGGCUUCCAGCUUCAGGGACAUCAUCGCCCUACUUAGCCUCACUGAAUUCACCCACUUAUGCUCCCUUCCCCUCUGACUACUUGGCACUGGGGCCCGAACCUGUUCCCCCCCAGCCUGAAAGCAACGCUACUCGCUCUGCCCGGCGGCCAGCAAGGCCCCACAUGCUCAAGCUCCCGCUGCCCCCAGCCUCCCACUCGGACUGUUCCCCCGUCGUGGUUGGAUUGCCAUUCCCUUCGCCCAGAGGGACUCCCAAGCUGCCACCCCCCACAAUCCUCAGCACGGUGCCUCACCAGAUGUUCAGUGAUGCAGGGGAGGGAAGUGGCGAAGACCCCCUGGAUGGUGAUGACGAGCUGGUCAUCGACAUCCCUGAGUGAUAGUGGCAAAGCAGGCACGUCAUUUGAAAGGACACAGGCCUCUUGGUUGUGUGUGAGGGAGAUGGUGCCCCUCCAUU